AGCUCCAAUUGAUCUACACCGUCCAUCAUGAGGUACAUACAUGGUACACCAACAGUGUAACGAACUUGUCAGAAGUAUGAGCAUAUCCACAACCACUGUUUGAUUGAGCAUCUGUUUCUUUUAACGGUGCUUACGACUUUCAAAUUCACCACUCACUCACAAUUCCAUACUCGCACGAGUCAAAGACAAUCAUACGUGUGCCAAAACAUAGCAAAGCAGUAAAUAAAUGGGCAUGGAAGACAUAUAUGAGCCUCGUGAUCAAAUAGUAAGCGAUCGAUAUCACCUCACCUUCUUCUCCCUCUGCUUUGAAUUUUCAAUCAAUCAUCUUUCGUUCUGAACUUUUUGCAUCUUUGAUUCUCUAUCCUUAAUGUCUUCUUAAGAACAAGGAAAUACAGAACCUGAAAUCCCUAUUCUUGAUUUUCGGGCUGUUCUUCAAUAAAUUCCGACCAAAGUUCAGGCUAAUUUCACCCCAAAUUGGAGGUUUUGAUCACGGAUUAACCAAAAAAAUGCAGUGUGAGAAGAAAUUUCAGGCGGAUUUUUAACCUGAGGGAUGAAAGGAGAGGAAGGCCAAGAACAACGCGAUGAAGAGGGAGAAAAGGAUGAGGAAAGCCGGGGACCGCCAGAAAACCCAAAUUCCAGGGAUCCGUUGGCCGGAAUCCGGCAACUGGUCGUCCUAAUCUCCAGUGUAAUCGCCCGAACUUACAGCACAAAGGUAUUUUCCAUCAAAUGGCAGGCCAUUCGAAACAAGCUCGACCACCUGAGCUCAGGCCUCGCAACUGCUUCGGGCUUCAACAAUUCCAGUGAGAAUCCCAGGUUUUCCGACCUAAUUCCGGCCGUAACAUCGACCCUCCAUUACUGCGAAGACCUAGCUCGAAGUUGUACAGAGCUCUCCUAUAGUGGGAAGCUUCUGAUGCAGAGUGACCUAGACGUGCUUUCAGGCAAGCUCGACCUCCAUCGCAGACAUCUUGAUGAGGUCUACAAGGCAGGGAUUUUACCACACAAUUACGCCAUUAUUGUUUCUCGACCUCCUCCUGGUUCUUCACGCCAAGACAUGAACUUCUUCGUGAGAGAUCUCUUCACAAGGUUACAGAUUGGUAAUCAAGAAAUCAAGAACCAGGCUCUUCUGGCCCUGAGCGAAAUCCUUGAAGAAGAUGAGAAAUACGCUAGGGUGAUAUCAGAAACAGGGGAUAUGGAUUACCUGGUUAGGCUCUUGGACUCAGAGGACCCCUCAGUCAAAGAGAAAACCACCAUUGUCGUCUCUUCAAUCGCAGGUUUCGAGGCCUGCAAAAGCCAGUUAAUAGAGGCGAUGGCGAUACCUCCGUUGAUUAGGGUUUUGGAAACCGGUGGUGCUUUGGCAAAAGAAAGCUCUGCAACUUCUCUGUACAAACUGACACUGAACUCUGAAAACGUAUGGUCUUUGACGGCUCAUGGAGGUGUGACCGCUCUUUUAAAAGCGUGUCGACAAAGUAAUGGCGCCGUUACGGCUCCGUCAGCUGCGGUUCUGAGGAACCUUGCAUCAGUUGACGAAAUCCGUCGAUUCAUGGCGGAGGAAGGUGUCAUCCCUGUAAUGGUGAAUCUCUUGAGAUCUGGACACGAAGCUGCGAAGAUAUAUGCAUCAGAGUUUCUGCAACUUAUGGCGGGAACGGAUGAGAAUAACAGAGAGGAAAUCGUCAGAGGAGGAGGGAUCCAAGCUCUGGUUUCCCUUUUGGAAACGAGUUCUUCAUUGAAAGCUCGAGAUUCAGGGUUUCGAGCCAUCCAAACCUUUUGUUCUUCUCCGAAAUAUGCGUGUCCUUUAAUCGGAUCUGGUUUCCUUCAUCAGGUCCUUGUGUUCUUGAAAUCAGGUGAGUUUUCAGGCCAAGAACCAGCACUCAAAGCCCUGCUUAAGAUCUCUAUGAUUUCUGAUGAAACAAAGAAAGCCAUUGGAGAUGCCGGAUUGAUGGCCGAGCUCGUGAAACUACUCGAUGCAAAGAGCCCUGUUGUCAAAGAAACAGCGGCUGAAACCCUUUCUUCUCUUUUGAUGCUUUCAAAGAACAGGAAGAAAUUUCUAAUGGAGGAUUACAAUGUGUCUAAGCUUCUGCAACUUCUUGAUCCAGAGGAUGAAAAGCUCAUGUUCAAAAAGUUUCUUCUCUCUGCUCUUGUCUCCAUAACCAGGAGUAACAGCGGACGAAAGAAGAUUGCAUCCUCUGAAUCUCUGCAAUACCUACAAAAACUUGCAGAAACUGAAGUUAUAGAAGCAAAGAGGGUCAUCCGAAAGCUCUCCGGAAACAAAUUGAUGAGUAUCUUGAGUGGAAAAUGGAGAGCUUGAAUCAAUGGAUUCCCUCUACUUUUCUUGUACAAUUGUGCUGUUUAACUCCUCUCUUAUUAGAACAACGGACUCAAAAAGGAACUCAUUGUCCAUUAAAUCUCUGCCUUUCUGAGGUAACUAGUUCGAGAUAUUCAGAGAAUCAGUGUAGUGUAGCUAAAUACCUAAUUCUGCAUUUGAAUUUCACUUUAAUUCUUUUUUCCUUUUUUUAGGAUUGCUGAGAUCUGAGCAGUGUAUAUGGUAUUUUUUAAUGUCUCCAUAAAUGCAACAAAAUACAUUAUUCUCUAUUCUUUUC